AUGAGAUUCGUGUUCGGGGGGUCUUGUAGCAGGGGUAUCGGCUCGUUAUCGGUUCUACGUACGGUGAUCGGUGGUGGUAGUUGUCGUAACAGCAGCGGUGGAUAUCUUCUACGUCGUGGAAAGAGCACGCAGAAUUUUAUGAUGGAGAGAAAAAAGAACGGCGGUGGGGACAUGGGCAGGAUCGAAUCGGCGGCCACGCAGCCGGAUGGGCAGGCGACGACAAUGAGUGACGAGUAUGAGUUUUCGCGGGUGGUGCCCAAGGGGGGCGGGACGGCUGCUGCGCCUGGUGACAGCAACUUCAAGGCCACGUGGGUGAACGCGUUGAACGAGCGCAAGCGGCAAUUGGCGCAGGGCAAGAUAAUUGACUCGUAUGUGUACAACAACGUUAAAUCCACGGAGAUAGGGGAGCGGACGCGCCAGGAUUCGUUUUCGUACUUGAUUCUCCGUUUCAAGGAUGAUCCCCUGACGGCGGAUUUUUAUGUGAAUGCGGCCGGUAGGAUUCGUAUGGGGCAGAUUUUCCAGGACCUAGAUGCGCUAGCGGGGUGUAUUGCUUACAAACACACGGCUCCUUCGGAGCCGGUGAUGGUGACGGCAUCGGUGGACCGGAUAUAUUUGUUGAAGCCGUUGGACUCUGUGACGGAUUACAACGUGGUGUUGUCCGGGAGUGUUGUGUGGACUGGGCGAUCGUCUAUGGAGAUUGCUAUCAAGGCGUCGGCGGUUAAAGGGCCUAUUCCGGAUACUGUCAGUGAGGGGAGCUUUCGGGAUGAAGACACGUUUCUGACUGCGUCUUUCACAUUUGUUGCGCGUAAUCCAGAGACGCACAAGUCUCUGGCGAUCAACAAGUUGUUGCCGCUGAACCAGCAAGAGUGGACGGAUUUUAAGCGAGCCGAGUCCCAUAAUGCGGCCAAGAAAUUAAGGGCGAUUGGGGAGAAUUUGAGUAAUACGCCGCCUACGGCGGAGGAGUCUAGUAUGAUCCAUAAGAUGUGGCGGGCGUCGAAGGAGAUUUCCAAGCUGGAAAGCAGGCCCAAGAACGCGGCGUUUAUGCGGGAGACCAAUUUGAAGUCUACGAUGUUUAUGCAGCCGCAGUACCGUAAUCGGCAUUCGUAUAUGAUCUUCGGCGGCUAUUUGAUGCGGCAGACGUUUGAGUUGGCGUAUUGUGCGGCAUCUUCUAUUUCUCAUACGCUGCCUCGUUUUGUGUCGCUUGACUCCACUACGUUCCGUGCGCCUGUUCCUGUUGGUUCUAUUUUGCAUAUGGAUGCUAGUGUUGUUUACACGGAGCAUCUUCAUGACGGGAGCAGUGCAGCCCAAGCCGGCUCGGGCUCGGGCUCUGGUGCUGCUACGCAGCACCAGCAGCAGAACCCGCUGGCGGCUUUCCAGCCGCCAGCGGUAAACAAGCUGUCCUCGAACAAAGACCACUUUUUGUCGCGUCCUGGCACGUUGAUCCAGGUGAAGGUAGAUACUGUUGUUGAAGAAUUAAACCCGGAGCGGAAAAAUAAGUCCGGGUCGUUUAUCUAUUCUUUUUUCACUCCUUUAGAUGAUGCAGGUACCACUCCUGGUUUUGCAACUGUUGUUCCUGAGACCUAUUCCGAAAUGAUUGAGUAUGUCCAAGGUAGACGACGUGCGAUUGAUACAGCAUCGUAUGCGAUGCGUUUCAAGCGCCAGAGUAAGUUGUAA